AUGGCCUGCUGUCACACCAGUUUCUGUGGGUUCCCCAGCUGCUCUACCAGCGGGAACUGUGGUUCCAGCUGCUGCCAGCCAAGCUGCUGUGAGACCAGUUGCUGCCAGCCUACCCGCUGCCAAACCAGCUGCUGCCAGGCCCCCUGCUGCCACACCAGCUUCUGUGGGUUCCCCAGCUGCUCCACUGGGGCUACCUGUGGCUCCAGCUGCUGCCAGCCAAGCUGCUGUGAGACCAGCUCCUGCCAGCCCACCUGCUGCCAAACUAGCUGUUGUGGCACUGGCAGUGGCAUCGGCUGUGGCCAAGAGGGUGGUUCUGGAGGUGUGACCUGCCGUGUCAGGUGGUGCCGCCCAGACUGCAGAGUGGAGGGUACCUGCCUGCCCCCCUGUUGCGUGGUGAGCUGCACCCCCCCAACCUGCUGCCAGCUGCACCAUGCCCAGGCCUCCUGCUGCCGCCCAUCCUACUGUGGACAGUCCUGCUGCCGCCCUGCCUGCUGCUGCCAUUGCUGCCAGCCCACCUGCUCUGAGCCCUCCUGCGGCCAGCCCACCUGCUCUGAGCCCUCCUGCUGCCAACCCACCUGCUCCGAGCCCUCCUGCUGCCAACCAACCUGCUCCGAGCCCUCCUGCUGCCAACCCACCUGCUCCGAGCCCACUUGCUGCAAGCCCACCUGCUCUGAGCCCACGUCCUAA